AUGAGAAAUCAUAGAGACCGGAAGUGCACCCCGGCUGCUUCCGCUUCUAAGUCGGAGUCAGCGCUGUCGCUGAGCGGGAGCGGGAGUGACGCUGCUUUUGAGAAGAUGGCGGCGGCGACUCUCCCAUCCUCGACUACGGCGUCGGCCACUGCGACAGCCACCGCGGCUGCUCUCGGGGAGGUGGAGGAUGAAGGGCUCCUGGCCUCGCUGUUCCGGGACCGCUUCCCGGAAGCCCAGUGGCGGGAGCGGCCCGACGUGGGCCGCUACCUCCGGGAGUUGAGCGGCUCCGGGCUGGAGCGGCUGCGGCGCGAGCCCGAGCGUCUGGCCGAGGAGCGAGCGCAGCUGCUGCAGCAGACGCGCGACUUGGCCUUCGCCAACUACAAGACCUUCAUCCGCGGCGCCGAGUGCACCGAGCGCAUCCACCGCCUCUUUGGCGACGUGGAGGAGUCGCUCGGCCGUCUGCUCGACCGCUUGCCCAGCUUCCAACAGAGCUGCAGGAAUUUCGUGAAAGAGGCUGAGGAGAUCAGCUCCAAUCGUCGGAUGAACACCCUGACUCUAAACCGGCACACAGAAAUCCUGGAAAUCCUGGAGAUCCCUCAGCUCAUGGACACCUGUGUCCGGAACGGCUACUAUGAAGAGGCCCUGGAGCUUGCAGCCUACGUACACCGACUGGAAAGGAAAUACUCCUCCAUCCCUGUCAUCCAGGGCAUUGUGAACGAAGUGCGCCAGUCCAUGCAGCUAAUGCUGAGCCAGCUGAUCCAGCAACUGAGGACCAGCAUCCAGCUCCCUGCCUGCCUCCGUGUCAUUGGCUUCCUACGGCAAAUGGAUGUCUUCACCGAGGCCGAGUUGCGGAUCAAGUUUCUUCAGGCCCGAGAUGCUUGGCUCCGUUCCAUCCUGACUGCCAUCCCCAAUGAUGAUCCCUAUUUCCACAUCACGAAAACCAUCGAGGCCUGCCGUGUCCAUCUCUUUGAUAUUAUCACCCAGUACCGUGCCAUCUUCUCAGACGAGGACCCACUGUUGCCCCCUGCCAUGGGUGAGCACACCGUGAAUGAGAGUGCCAUCUUCCAUGGCUGGGUGCUUCAGAAAGUCUCACAGUUCCUGCAGGUGCUAGAGACUGACCUUAACCGAGGGAUAGGCAGUCGUCUGGAUUCCCUGCUGGGCCAGUGCAUGUACUUUGGGCUAUCCUUCAGCCGGGUAGGAGCUGAUUUCCGGGGUCAGUUGGCUCCUGUUUUCCAGCGAGUGGCUGUCAGCACUUUCCAGAAAGCAAUUCAGGAAGCAGUUGAGAAGUUCCAGGAUGAAAUGAACUCCUACACCCUCAUCUCGGCUCCAGCCAUCUUGGGCAGCAGUAACCUGCCUGCUGCUGUUCCAGUUACUCAGCCAGGGACCCUGCAACCGCCCAUGGUGCUCUUAGACUUCCCACCCCUUGCCUGCUUCCUCAACAACAUUCUGGUUGCCUUCAAUGAUUUGCGCCUCUGCUGCCCCGUGGCCCUGGCGCAGGAUGUAACUGGAACCUUGGAGGAUGCCCUUGUCAAGGUAACUAAAGUAAUUCUGGCCUUCCAUCGUGCUGAAGAGGCUGCCUUCAGCAGUGGGGAGCAAGAGCUCUUCGUCCAGUUCUGCACUGUCUUCCUGGAAGACCUUGUUCCUUAUUUAAAUCGCUGUCUGCAAGUCCUUUUUCCUCCAGCUCAGAUAGCACAGACCUUAGGCAUUCCACCCACUCAGCUCUCCAAGUACGGAAACCUGGGGCACGUGAACGUCAGCGUCGUCCAGGAGCCUCUGGCCUCUAUCCUGCCCAAGAGAGAGACGGUCUUCUGUCUAGACGACAAGGAGCUAGUCCCCGAGUCCGCAGCUCCAGAACCGCCCUCCGAGGGGCCACGCUUCGAGCCUGUCACCCCGCCUAUCCCUGACGGGAGGCAGGAGGAGGUGGAAUCCGCGGGGCUGCCGCAGGCCGACGAUAACGCGGGCGCUUGACAGGCGCCUCUGGCGGCCGCGGGGCUGGCUUCAUGCAGCGCCCGCUGGGAACGGCAGCAGCCGCGCGUGGGAGAGCCUCCGAAGGCGUACUUAAAGGGGGAACCUCCUGCUUAUUCUUGUAAACGCUUGAUUAAAUUGUCAGAAAUGGAAUUAAAUAAUAAAGCUGAUGACGCCACCCAGAAGCAGGCU